GGCUAACAGAUCUAGUAGAUCUGACUCUUGGUCUCCUAGACGACCAUGCGCUUGAUAUACGUCGCGGUUCUUGCCGCUUUACUGUCCCUCGCGGCGUCCCAAUCAUCAUUACCCGUAACCGCAGUGGGUGCACCGGAAAUAAAAGCCCAGCCAUGCUGUGAAAGUGUUCGACAAACUCUCAUAGAAAUACGAAAGGAUAUCCGGCUGUGGCUACUCGAUAGGCUGUUCGGAAAAUUGAUUCUUCUUCAUGACGGAGAACUUUUGGGAAACCCAAACUAUGUGAAUUGUGCAAACGGAAAAAACCAAAUUACCGUGCAAGACCAAAGUUCUCAAAUUAUCCACCAAUUAGGUACCAAUCCAAGCCAAUCAAGUGACACGACCACCAGAACAUCCACCGAUGAAAAAGAUCUGCUAGGAUCAUUGAGAGACCUCUACAAUGGGGUCACCCAAUCGAGCACCACCAACGGAAGCUCUGGUCUUUCCUCUUCCUCAACAACGACAACGACCACCACAAAAUCCAACGAUGAAAGCAAUCAGUCUGCUUCAGUGUCUGAGCCCGUUGUCGAUGCUAGUGAGUCCAGCAGCACCGUUGAAGGUGGAGAUUCGAAUCAGUCCUCUUCUUCUACAACGACUACAACCUCCACAACAUCCAACGAUGAAAGCAAUCAGUCUGCUUCAGAGUCUGAGCCCGUUGUCGAUGCCAGUGAGUCCAGCAGCACCGUUGAAGGUGGAGAUUCGAAUCAGUCCUCUUCUUCUACAACGACUACAGCCACCACAACAUCCAACGAUGAAAGCAAUCAGUCUGCCUCAGAGUCUGAGCCCGUUGUCGAUGCCAGUGAGUCCAGCAGCACCGUUGAAGGUGGAGAUUCGAAUCAGUCCUCUUCGUCUACAACGACUACAACCUCCACAACAUCCAACGAUGAAAGCAAUCAGUCUGCUUCAGAGUCUGAGCCCGUUGUCGAUGCCAGUGAGUCCAGCAGCACCGUUGAAGGUGGAGAUUCGAAUCAGUCCUCUUCUUCUACAACGACUACAACCUCCACAACAUCCAACGAUGAAAUCAAUCAGUCUGCUUCAGAGUCUGAGCCCAUUGUCGAUGCCAGUGAGUCCAGCAGCACUGUUGAAGGUGGAGACUCCAAUCAGUCCGCCUCCUCCUCUACAACGACAACCACAACCACAACUUCAGAGUCUGAGCCCGUUAUCGAUGCCAGCGAUUCCAGCAGCACCGUUGAAGGUGGAGACUCGAAUCAGUCCUCCUACUCUACAACGACAACAACCACCACAACUUCAGAGUCUGAGCCCGUUGUCGAUGCCAGCGAGUCCAACAGCACUGUUGAAGGUGGAGACUCGAAUCAGUCCGCCUCCUCUUCUACAACGACAACCACAACUUCAGAGUCUGAGCCCGUUGUCGAUGCCAGCGAGUCCAGCAGCACCGUUGAAGGCGGAGACUCGAAUCAGUCCUCCUCCUCUACAACGGCAACAACCACCACAACUUCAGAGUCUGACCCUGUUGUCGAUGCCAGUCAGUCCAGCAGCACUGUUGAAGAUGGAGACUCGAAUCAGUCGUCAUCCUCUACAACGAACACCACAACUUUAGAGUCUGAGCCCGUUGUCGAUGCCAGCGAGUCCAGCAGCACCGUUGAAGGUGGAGAUUCGAAUCAGUCCUCUUCUUCUACAACGACUACAGCCAACACAACAUCCAACGAUGAAAGCAAUCAGUCUGCCUCAGAGUCUGAGCCCGUUGUCGAUGCCAGUGAGUCCAGCAGCACCGUUGCAGGUGGAGAUUCGAAUCAGUCCUCUUCGUCUACAACGACUACAACCUUCACAACAUCCAACGAUGAAAGCAAUCAGUCUGCUUCAGAGUCUGAGCCCGUUGUCGAUGCCAGCGAGUCCAACAGCACUGUUGAAGAUGGAGACUCGAAUCAGUCCGCCUCUUCCUCUACAACGACAACCACAACCACAACUUCAGAGUCUGAGCCCGUUAUCGAUGCCAGCGAUUCCAGCAGCACCGUUGAAGGUGGAGACUCGAAUCAGUCCUCCUCCUCUACAACGACAACAACCACCACAACUUCAGAGUCUGAGCCCGUUGUCGAUGCCGGCGAGUCCAACAGCACUGUUGAAGGUGGAGACUCGAAUCAGUCCGCCUCCUCUUCUACAACGACAACCACAACUUCAGAGUCUGAGCCCGUUGUCGAUGCCAGCGAGUCCAGCAGCACCGUUGAAGGCGGAGACUCGAAUCAGUCCUCCUCCUCUACAACGACAACAACCACCACAACUUCAGAGUCUGACCCGGUUGUCGAUGCCAGUCAGUCCAGCAGCAUCGUGGAAGGUGGAGACUUGAAUCAGUCGUCAUCCUCUACAACGAACACCACAACUUUAGAGUCUGAGCCCGUUGUCGAUGCCAGCGAAUCCAGCACCACCGUUGAAGGUGGAGACUCGAAUCAGUCCUCUUCUUCUACAACGACUACAACCACCACAACAUCCAACGAUGAAAGCAAUCAGUCUGCUUCAGAGUCUGAGCCCGUUGUCGAUGCCAGCGAGUCCAGCAGCACCGUUGAAGGCGGAGACUCGAAUCAGUCCUCCUCCUCUACAACGACAACAACCACCACAACUUCAGAGUCUGACCCUGUUGUCGAUGCCAGUGAGUCCAGCAGCACCGUUGAAGGCGGAGACUCGAAUCAGUCCUCUUCUUCUACAACGACAACAACCACCACAACUUCAGAGUCUGAGCCCGUUAUCGAUGCCAGCGAAUCCAGCACCACCGUUGAAGGUGGAGACUCGAGUCAGUCCUCUUCUUCUACAACGACUACAACCACCACAACAUCCAACGAUGAAAGCAAUCAGUCUGCUUCAGAGACUGAGCCCGUUAUCGAUGCCAGCGAGUCCAACAGCACUGUUGAAGGUGGAGACUCCAAUCAGUCCUCCUCUUCUACAACGACAACCACAACUUCAGAGUCUGAGCCCGUUAUCGAUGCCAGUGAGUCCAGCAGCAUUGUUGAAGGUGGAGACUUGAAUCAGUCGUCAUCCUCUACAACGAACACCACAACUUUAGAGUCUGAGCCCGUUGUCGAUGCCAGCGAGUCCAACAGCACUGUUGAAGGUGGAGACUCCAAUCAGUCCUCCUCUUCUACAACGACAACCACAACUUCAGAGUCUGAGCCCGUUGUCGAUGCCAGCGAGUCCAGCAGCACUGUUGAAGGUGGAGACUCGAAUCAGUCCUCCUCCUCUACAACGACAACAACCAGCACAACUUCAGAGUCUGACCCUGUUGUCGAUGCCAGUGAGUCCAGCAGCAUUGUUGAAGGUGGAGACUUGAAUCAGUCGUCAUCCUCUACAACGAACACCACAACUUUAGAGUCUGAGCCCGUUGUCGAUGCCAGCGAGUCCAACAGCACUGUUGAAGGUGGAGACUCCAAUCAGUCCUCCUCUUCUACAACGACAACCACAACUUCAGAGUCUGAGCCCGUUGUCGAUGCCAGCGAGUCCAGCAGCACUGUUGAAGGUGGAGACUCGAAUCAGUCCUCUUCUUCUACAACGACAACAACCACCACAACUUCAGAGUCUGACCCUGUUGUCGAUGCCAGUGAGUCCAGCAGCAUUGUUGAAGGUGGAGACUUGAAUCAGUCGUCAUCCUCUACAACGAACACCACAACUUUAGAGUCUGAGCCCGUUGUCGAUGCCAGCGAGUCCAACAGCACUGUUGAAGGUGGAGACUCGAAUCAGUCCGCCUCCUCCUCCACAACGACAACAACCACCUCAAAUUCAGAGUCUGAUCCCGUUAUCGAUGCCAGUGAGUCCAGCAGCAUUGUUGAAGGUGGAGACUUGAAUCAGUCGUCAUCCUCUACAACGAACACCACAACUUUAGAGUCUGAGCCCGUUGUCGAUGCCAGCGAGUCCAACAACACUGUUGAAGGUGGAGACUCGAAUCAGUCCGCCUCCUCCUCUACAACGACAACAACCACCACAACUUCACAGUCUGACCCUGUUGACGAUGCCAGUGAGUCCAGCAGCAUUGUUGAAGGUGGAGACUUGAAUCAGUCGUCAUCCUCUACAACGAACACCACAACUUUAGAGUCUGAGCCCGUUGUCGAUGCCAGCGAGUCCAACAGCACUGUUGAAGGUGGAGACUCGAAUCAGUCCGCCUCCUCCUCCACAACGACAACAACCACCACAACUUCAGAGUCUGAGCCCGUUAUCGAUGCCAGCGAAUCCAGCACCACCGUUGAAGGUGGAGACUCGAAUCAGUCCUCUUCUUCUACAACGACAACAACCACCACAACAUCCAACGAUGAAAGCAAUCAGUCUGCUUCAGAGUCUGACCCUGUUGUCGAUGCCAGUGAGUCCAGCAGCACUGUUGAAGGUGGAGACUCGAAUCAGUCCUCUUCUUCUACAACGACAACAACCACCACAACUUCAGAGUCUGAGCCCGUUAUCGAUGCCAGCGAAUCCAGCACCACCGUUGAAGGCGGAGACUCGAAUCAGUCCUCUUCUUCUACAACGACUACAACCACCACAACAUCCAACGAUGAAAGCAAUCAGUCUGCUUCAGAGUCUGACCCUGUUGUCGAUGACAGUGAGUCCAGCAGCACUGUUGCAGGUGGAGACUCGAAUCAGUUCUCCUCCUCUACAACGACAACAACCACCACAACUUUAGAGUCUGAGCCCGUUGUCGAUGCCAGCGAGUCCAGCAGCACUGUUGAAGGUGGAGACUCGAAUCAGUCCUCCUCCUCUACAACGACAACAACCAGCACAACUUCAGAGUCUGACCCUGUUGUCGAUGCCAGUGAGUCCAGCAGCAUUGUUGAAGGUGGAGACUUGAAUCAGUCGUCAUCCUCUACAACGAACACCACAACUUUAGAGUCUGAGCCCGUUGUCGAUGCCAGCGAGUCCAACAGCACUGUUGAAGGUGGAGACUCGAAUCAGUCCGCCUCCUCCUCCACAACGACAACAACCACCUCAACUUCAGAGUCUGAGCCCGUUAUCGAUGCCAGUGAGUCCAGCAGCAUUGUUGAAGGUGGAGACUUGAAUCAGUCGUCAUCCUCUACAACGAACACCACAACUUUAGAGUCUGAGCCCGUUGUCGAUGCCAGCGAGUCCAACAGCACUGUUGAAGGUGGAGACUCGAAUCAGUCCGCCUCCUCCUCCACAACGACAACAACCACCUCAACUUCAGAGUCUGAGCCCGUUGUCGAUGCCAGAGAGUCCAGAAGCACCGUUGAAGGUGGAGACUCGAAUCAGUCCUCCUCCUCUACAUCGAAUACAACCACCACAACAUCCAACGAUGAAAGCAGUCAGUCUGCCUCAGAGUCUGAGCCCGUUGUCGAUGCCAGUGAGUCCAGCAGCACCGUUGAAGGUGGAGAUUCGAAUCAGUCCUCUUCUUCUACAACGACUACAACCACCACAGCUGCAGAGUCUGAGCCCGUUGUCGAUGCCAGUGAGUCCAGCAGCACUGUUGAAGAUGGAGACUCGAAUCAGUCCGCCUCCUCCUCUACAACGACAACAACCACCACAACUUCAGAGUCUGAGCCCGUUGUCGAUGCCAGAGAGUCCAGCAGCACCGUUGAAGGUGGAGACUCGAAUCAGUCCUCCUCCUCUACAUCGAAUACAACCACCACAACAUCCAACGAUGAAAGCAAUCAGUCUGCCUCAGAGUCUGAGCCCGUUGUGGAUGCCAGUGAGUCCAGCAGCACUGUUGAAGGUGGAGACUCGAAUCAGUCCUCCUCUACAACGACAACAACCACCACAACUUCAGAGUCUGACCCUGGUGUCGAUGCCAGUGAGUCCAGCAGCACUGUUGAAGGUGGAGACUCGAAUCAGUCCGCCUCCUCCUCUACAACGACAACAACCAACACAACUUCAGAGUCUGACCCUGUUGUCGAUGCCAGCGAGUCCAGCAGCACCGUUGAAAGUGGAGACUUGAAUCAGUCCUCUUCUUCUACAACGACUACAACCACCACAGCUGCAGAGUCUGAGCCCGUUGUCGAUGCCAGUGAGUCCAGCAGCACUGUUGAAGAUGGAGACUCGAAUCAGUCCGCCUCCUCCUCUACAACGACAACAACCACCACAACUUCAGAGUCUGAUCCCGUUGUCGAUGCCAGCGAGUCCAGCAGCACCGUUGAAGGUGGAGAUUCGAAUCAGUCCUCUUCUUCUACAACGACUACAACCACCACAACAUCCAACGAUGAAAUCAAUCAGUCUGCUUCAGAGUCUAAGCCCAUUGUCGAUGCCAGUGAGUCCAGCAGCACUGUUGAAGGUGGAGACUCGAAUCAGUCCUCCUCCUCUACAACGACAACAACCACCACAACUUCAGAGUCUGACCCUGUUGUCGAUGCCAGUGAGUCCAGCAGCACUGUUGAAGGUGGAGACUCGAAUCAGUCCGCCUCCUCCUCUACAACGACAACAACCAACACAACUUCAGAGUCUGAGCCCGUUGUCGAUGCCAGUGAGUCCAGCAGCACCGUUGAAGUUGGAGACUCGAAUCAGUCCUCCUCCUCUACAACGACUACAACCACCACAACAUCCAACGAUGAAAGCAAUCAGUCUGCUUCAAAGUCUGAGCCCGUUGUCGAUGCCAGUGAGUCCAGCAGCACCGUUGAAGGUGGAGAUUCGAAUCAGUCCUCUUCUUCUACAACGACUACAACCACCACAACAUCCAAUGAUGUAAUCAAUCAGUCUGCUUCAGAGUCUGACCCUGUUGUCGAUGCCAGUGAGUCCAGCAGCACUGUUGAAGGUGGAGACUCGAAUCAGUCCUCCUCCUCUACAACGGCAACAACCACCACAACUUCAGAGUCUGACCCUGGUGUCGAUGCCAGUGAGUCCAGCAGCACUGUUGAAGGGGGAGACUCGAAUCAGUCCUCCUCCUCUACAACGACAACAACCACCACAACUUCAGAGUCUGACCCUGUUGUCGAUGCCAGUGAGUCCAGCAGCACUGUUGAAGGUGGAGACUCGAAUCAGUCCGCCUCCUCCUCUACAACGACAACAACCAACACAACUUCAGAGUCUGACCCUGUUGUCGAUGCCAGCGAGUCCAGCAGCACCGUUGAAAGUGGAGACUUGAAUCAGUCCUCUUCCUCUACAACGAACACCACAACUUCAGAGUCUGAUCCCGUUGUCGAUGCCAGCGAGUCCAGCAGCACCGUUGAAGGUGGAGAUUCGAAUCAGUCCUCUUCUUCUACAACGACUACAACCACCACAACAUCCAACGAUGAAAGCAAUCAGUCUGCUUCAGAGUCUGAGCCCGUUGUCGAUGCCAGUGAGUCCAGCAGCACCGUUGAAGGUGGAGAUUCGAAUCAGUCCUCUUCUUCUACAACGACUACAACCACCACAACAUCCAACGAUGAAAGCAAUCAGUCUGCUUCAGAGUCUGAGCCAGUUGUCUAUGCCAGUGAAUCCAGCAGCAGUGUUGAAGGUGGAGACUCGAAUCAGUCCGCUUCCUCCUCUACAACGACAACAACCACCAGAACUUCAGAGUCUGACCCUGUUGUCGAUGCCAGUGAGUCCAGCAGCACUGUUGAAGGUGGAGACUCGAAUCAGUCCGCCUCCUCCUCCACAACGACAACAACCACCACAACUUCAGAGUCUGAGCCCGUUGUCGAGGCCAGCGAGUCCAGCAGCACCGUUGAAGGUGGAGACUUGAAUCAGUCCUCUUCCUCUACAACGAACACCACAACUUCAGAGUCUGAUCCCGUUGUCGAUGCCAGCGAGUCCAGCAGCACCGUUGAAGGUGGAGACUUGAAUCAGUCCUCUUCUUCUACAACGACUACAACCACCACAACAUCCAACGAUGAAAGCAAUCAGUCUGCCUCAGAGUCUGAGCCCGUUGUCGAUGCCAGUAAGUCCAGCAGCACCGUUGAAGGUGGAGAUUCGAAUCAGUCCUCUUCUUCUACAACGACUACAACCACCACAACAUCCAACGAUGAAAGCAAUCAGUCUGCUUCAGAGUCUGAGCCCGUUGUCGAUGCCAGUGAGUCCAGCAGCACCGUUGAAGGUGGAGAUUCGAAUCAGUCCUCUUCUACAACGACUACAACCACCACAACAUCCAACGAUGAAAGCAAUCAGUCUGCUUCAGAGUCUGAGCCAGUUGUCGAUGCCAGUGAAUCCAGCAGCACUGUUGAAGGUGGAGACUCGAAUCAGUCCUCCUCCUCUACAACGACAACAACCACCAGAACUUCAGAGUCUGACCCUGUUGUCGAUGCCAGUGAGUCCAGCAGCACUGUUGAAGGUGGAGAUUCGAAUCAGUCCUCUUCUUCUACAACGACUACAACCACCACAACAUCCAACGAUGAAAGCAAUCAGUCUGCUUCAGAGUCUGAGCCCGUUGUCGAUGCCAGUGAGUCCAGCAGCACCGUUGAAGGUGGAGAUUCGAAUCAGUCCUCUUCUACAACGACUACAACCACCACAACAUCCAACGAUGAAAGCAAUCAGUCUGCCUCAGAGUCUGAGCCCGUUGUCGAUGCCAGUAAGUCCAGCAGCACCGUUGAAGGUGGAGAUUCGAAUCAGUCCUCUUCUUCUACAACGACUACAACCACCACAACAUCCAACGAUGAAAGCAAUCAGUCUGCUUCAGAGUCUGAGCCAGUUGUCGAUGCCAGUGAAUCCAGCAGCAGUGUUGAAGGUGGAGACUCGAAUCAGUCCUCCUCCUCUACAACGACAACAACCACCAGAACUUCAGAGUCUGACCCUGUUGUCGAUGCCAGUGAGUCCAGCAGCACUGUUGAAGGUGGAGAUUCGAAUCAGUCCUCUUCCUCUACAACAACAACAACCACCACAGCUUCAGAGUCUGUGCCCGUUGUCGAUGUCAGCGAGUCCAGCAGCACCGUUGAAGGUGGAGACUCGAAUCAGUCCUCUUCCUCUACAACGAACACCACAACUUCAGAGUCUGAUCCCGUUGUCGAUGCCAGUGAGUCCAGCAGCACCGUUGAAGGUGGAGAUUCGAAUCAGUCCUCUUCCUCUACAACAACAACCACCACCACAGCUUCAGAGUCUGCGCCCGUUGUCGAUGUCAGCGAGUCCAGCAGCACCGUUGAAGGUGGAGACUCGAAUCAGUCCUCUUCUUCUACGACAACAACUACCUCCACAUCCAAUGAUGAAAAGUCAAGCUCCUCGUCUGACCCCGUUGUCUAUAGUCGCACAAGUAAAAAGGGUGGAAGCUCAAGUCAGUCCUCUUCCACCACGACAACAAGCACAACAUCUUCCAGUGGAAAUACUCCGACAAGCUCCUCGUCGAAGCCAGUUGUUAAUGUGAGCCAAUCAAGCUCCACUAAGGGUAACGGAGGUUCGAAGAAGUCUUCUUCAACUAAAACAACCACCAUAACAACAUCAAUCAAUGGCAAACCUGUUGUAGAUGCCAGUCAGGGAAGCACCGUUGUUAAUGGUGGAAAAUCAAGCUCGACGUCGAGCAAAACUACAAAGACGUAUACUUCGAGCUCUUCGAGGAUUCCUGAGAAGAACAGAAAAUCAAGCACAACCACAAGCAAAACUACCAAGACCUAUUCCUCGAGCUCAUCAGGUGUUCCCAAGGCACUUAAAGAGUCAUCGUCAAGCGAAAGUGCACCCACAUCUUUGUCGGAUGUGCCAAAGUCGAAUGGAAAGUCAAGCUCUACCUCAAGCAAAACUACAACCACAUAUACAUCUAGUUCUUUGAAAGUACCUAAGACUAAAACAUCAUAUUCCUGGUCAAGUUCAUCCAAGAAAAUAUCCAAUGGUGGUAAAGCUUAUGGGGUUCCAGUUCCAGGUUCAAUCACAGGCAAAUCCGGUUCAGGUUCAAGAAAGGCAUGGUCAAAGCGUUCCACCACUCAAAUCACUAGCCAACCAGCAAUUGAUGCGUCUUCCAUAGAUGGCGGAUCGAACUCAUGGUCUAAACUUAUCAAAAGGUCUACGCCGGGCUCAUUGACAGAAGAUGAAACUUCUGGCAGGGGCAUAGGAUCUCGUGGCUCACAUUCUUGGUCUCAGCGCUCAGGCUUCUCUGGUGAUAGCUCUGAUUUAGCCGGCUCCACAGACUUCCGUGCCAGAUUUGGCAGGGACCGCAACGGUCGCAAUGAGCUGCUCAACUCAGGAAAUCAAGGGUCCCGAUCAUGGACAAAAACAUCCUCAGAAGCCAAUGAAAACGACACCGAAAACGCAGAUGAUAAUGUGGCAUCUGAAGAUAAUUCAGAAGACUUGAAAAAUGUGCAGGAAUCAAGUUCCGGCGAUGAAACAUCAGAUCAAGCUGGCUCACUGCAAGGCUCCGGACAAUACCCCGGGCAAUACUGGUGGGGAGGAAACAGACGUUGGGUUGGAGCCCGACCUAAUUGGCGGUACGGCUGGCGUCCAUAUGGAAGCGGUUGGGGUGGAUGGAACAAUCGUUAUCAAAAGUCGUGGACCGCAUAAAUGGGGUUAGGCCCUCGGCACGGUACGACUAUAGACUUUCAAUUAAAUGAUUGAUUUUAACGAUUGUAAAAUAUAUAUGCAUUUGAAUAUUA